UCCUUCUCUCUCUCUCUCACCCACCCACCUUUAUAGCCCCUUUCCACGAUCGCUUCUUCUCUCGCCAUAUACUCACAAUCUCAACAAGAUGGGAUUGCAGAACCACCUCCACGACGUCUCUUCCGAUUCCAUUCCCCUCCUCCUUCUCCUCCACCUCGCCGCCGGCUUCAAUUAUCUCCGCUCCAUCCUUCUCGCCUUCCUCCACUCUCUCGGCUUCGACAGAUUCCAUGCCCACAGACCGCCCAUCGUCGACGAUGCCCUCCUCGCCACCGUCGGAUCUGGUUUCGCCAGCCUUGUUGUACUUUCCGACCAGCUCCAUGCGAACUAUGAUGUUCCCGACGACGACCACGAGAUUGCGGCCUCCUCCAUGUGUGUGGUGUGCCGGAGCAAGUACAAGGAGGGCGACCAGGUUCGGAGGCUGCCUUGCCACCACGCCUUCCAUAGACGCUGCUUCGAUGCUUGGCUUCACCAGCUCAAGUUUAACUGCCCUCUCUGUCGAUCGACGCUCGUCUCUGAUGAGCGCGUGGCCCUCACAGAGCGGCGAGUUGGUAGCCAAGUCUUAUCCUGGUUUUCUUUGGAGUGAUACGACGUCGUUUCGUAUCCACACAGUUAUGUCUCUUGUCGAUGAAGAUGAUAAUAGUGCUGCUCGAUGAUAAACCCAGCUUCCAGUCUUCGAUGGUCCCAAAAUUUCCCCUUUUUCCUUUUUUAUUUCUUUUGGGAUUUUACAGCGUGGAUGAUAAUUUUUAUUUUUUAUAAUUUAAUAGAUUAUUUAUAUAAUGUAAAAAAAAAAAAAAAAGUGUUUUCAAAGGGCUACGCUUGAGCGUCUUUUUUCAGGUGUUGUAAA